AACACAUUGGAAUUCCAGAUGAACGUUUCCACCAGGUGCACCUCGACAUCGUUGGCCCGCUGCCGACUGCUGAAGGUAACAAAUACUGCCUAACAAUGAUAGACAGGUAAACAAGAUGGCCAGAAGCAACACCAAUAGCCGAUAUAUCUGCGGACACCAUAGCGACAGUUUUCUUUACCACUUGGGUCGCCCGAUUUGGAGCACCAGCCAUAAUUACAACGGACAGAGGAAGCCAGUUUGAAUCACUCAUAUUCGAAGCGCUGACCAAACUCAUCGGAAGCAGACGAUUCCGCACGACAGCUUAUCACCCGCAAGCUAAUGGCAUGAUCGAAAGAUGGCAUCGUUCGCUUAAAACAGCCAUAAAGUGCCACGAAACACAAAAUUGGGUGGGAGCACUUCCAGUCGUUUUACUUGGCCUGAGAUCCAGCUACAAAGAAGAUAUUAAAGCAUCCGCAGCAGAGUUGGUAUACGGUACCACGUUGAAGUUGCCCGGUGAAUACUUCGCUGCAGAGGAACCAACGGGAUGUCCACAAAUGUUUACCGAAAAAUUUCGGGAAUACAUGAGAGCAACCAGGGCAAAACCCACAGCACAUCACAUCAAGAAGAAGCCAUUUAUCCACAAAGAACUGGAAUCCAGCACACACGUAUUUGUACGGGUGGAUAGACGAAAGGGCCCAUUGGAACAGCCAUACGAAGGACCAUUCCCAGUUAUAACUAAACUUAACGAUUCUCUUUUUAAGAUCAACUACAAGGGACAGCCAACCACCAUCAACAUCGACAGGUUGAAGCCGGCAUUUAUUGAGGCUACAGACCCGCAGGAAGACCAACCGGAACCCGGACAAUCCAGCGCAGGUAUAGAGGCAUCCUACGCUCCAAAGAAAACCAAAGUUGUCAGAUUCGUGACAUAG